CCAGAAUCCCAGUUGGAAAAUACCUUGCAUUGGGACCAUCAACAUGGACAUGCCAACCAGCUCUCCCAACACCUCUGAACAGGACUGUGACUUCAGUGUCCUCAACACCUCCUGGGUCCCUCCGUACAUCUACACCAUCUCUGCUCUGGGCAUCCCCCUCAACCUGCUGGUGCUCCUGGUCUUCCUGCUCCACCGGCAGAAAUGCACCGCCACCGAAAUCUACCUGAGCAACUUGGCUGCUGCCGAUCUCCUCCUCGUGGUCCUCAUGCCUUUGUGGGCUGUGAAUGAGGCUAAUAACUACCACUGGACUUUUGGAGGACCCAUGUGUACAAUUCUUUCUCUUCCAAUCGUCAUGAACUACAACUGCAGCAUCUAUUUUCUCGUUCUGGUUUCCAUUGACCGUUUUUUUGCAUUGGUGUACCCACUAAAGCAAUGCAUACUGCGUAGACGUAAAUACGCAAUGUUGGGUUGCUUUUUGGUUUGGUGCUUGGGUUUGCUGCUAAACAUCCCAAUUCUUAUGUGCAGAAAAGUAAAAUUCCAAGAUGACUUACUGUUUGAUGAAAUCAAGGAAUACAUAUGCAGUGUGGAUUGUUACUUUAAUAUCUUUGUUUCAUAUGAUGUGAUACAAACCAUUGUUGCAUCUGUUAUUCCUCUUUUGAUCAUUUUAUUCUGCACUGUUAAGAUCGUCCACGCCCUGACAAGAAGGCCCAGCAACAGAAACAGCACACAACAAAUGGAACACAAAGCCACCAUAUUAGUUCUUACUGUGUUUCUAGCUUUCUUUAUCUGCUGGUUGCCAUUCAGCUUAACGAGAAUGACAGAGCUAGCUGUAUUAUUCGAACUCAUUGAGGAAACGUGUAACUUCAGGUGGCAUCAAUUGUACAGCUACAGAAUUAUCUUCCUCAACGUUGGGUUUUUCAAUAGCGCCCUUAAUCCCGUCCUUUAUGUCAUCGUGAGUAAAAAUUUUCGUAAGAAGAUGUGGGAGGUGGGAAGAGGGCAAAGGUCAAUGAGACCAUGUCCAACAGGCGGAUUACCACAAGCUUCCUAA